AUGGCUGAAGUUGUUCACUCUGUUGCUGAUUUUCCUAACACGGCUCUUCUUGCUUAUGGGCUCAGUAGCUCAAGGCGUGCACCAGACACACCUCAUCCGUGCUUCACUUACCGUUGCUAUUCAAUCUGUCAAAAAGGAGCUGCACAAGAAGGCAUGACCAUAAGAGAUUAUAUUUGGCGUGGUCAUGAUCCUACUUCUGUUGCUGUUAUGACCAAGGGCGGCACUGCAAUGGCAGUUUUGGCAAUUGCCGCGGCUUCUCUGGUUGUUUUUAAGAUGACAGGAAAUGCUAUUUAUGAUCCUAUAGGAUUGUUGUUGGAAACUUACUUGGAAUGUGCACCAAGUUCUUUUUCUUGUGGAUUUGUCUUCGAGGUUGUAUAUUCCAAGCUGUCUAAGCAUGUCGUAGGUGAGGAAGUUGUAACAGCUUUAGGAAGUGAAGUAAUCCGGUUAGAGAAACAGAUCCGAGACCUUGUCCCUGGAAUCCAGCACGUUGACAUUGAAGCACAGAAUCCCAAAGACCAAUCUUUAUGA